CUGCUGGAGACGUCAUCAGUCCAUUAACAUGCGGAAGGGAAGAAGAAACGUAGGAUUCCAAUUCAGUAUGUCGUUGCAGGCCUCUACUGUAACCGAAGGAUGUUGAGGACAGGGACCAGCAAUUAUCCAACGUGUUCGGGGAUGAAUAGAGCAAAUGCAUUACAUUUACACUUUUCACGGUUGUGUCUUGGUGGUGAGAUUGUUCAAGUACCUACUGUCAUUGUAGAGCAGGAAACCGUGUUCCGCGCUGUGAUAACCAAGCAUGCAUUCCGAAGUCUUGGCAUCGACACACAAAAUUAUCUGAAGCGUUUCUUGCCUAAAUAUGAAGGGUCAGAUAAGGAUGAAGAACAAAUUCUGAAUAUUAUAUUCACAGCAGAUCCAAAUUUGUAUUUCGGAAACCCGUUGGGAAAGCUGCAUUCAAAGAUUCGAUGUGGUUGGUUUAACCCAGAAAGACCAUCAUAUCAAGUGCAACUGCGUGACAAUCGCAGGAGGGAAUUUGUGAAAUAUACCAAUUCAAAUGCGUUUGAAGAAACCCCAGCGAGAAGAGUGCUUACUCCAGGCUUUUUUCGUAAAUCGAAAAUAUCAAAAAGAAUCAAGUGGCGUACUGCAGCUCGGCUGAGAGUAAUAUUAGACCGAGUACGAGAGGAGGUUGGAGAAAAAGCAGGUUUUUCCUCGGAUGAAGAAGAAUUCGGUGACUUAAAUAGGAUCCCAAUAGCUCGUGCUGGACAGAGUACUCUUUUUUCGCCUGAUUUCGUUGAUUAUGAUCUGCAUCAACCAGUUUACAUGGAUGAUGUCAAAAGGAUGCUGAAAGAUUACAAAAAUCUAAAGGAGCAAGAACCUGACUUACCUUCUCUGGACAUUUCGGACAUUGGUAUUGAAAAUGUUUAUGAAAGAGCCGGCGUAGCUUGUAUCGCUGAAAGAAAUUUGUCGGCCGAAGUUUCAGAAGCGAUGAAAAUGCCAUUUAAGUCUAUAAAAUGA